AUGGGCGUCCCUCGGGGGUCUCUUCCCCCCCCGAAACCCACCCGCCUUUUACCCCUCUCGGGGGUCCCAUUCUCGCCGCCCCCCGCCCAGGGUGUGGCCGCGGUGGGCGUGGCCGCGGUGGGCGUGGCCGGUGCCGGGGGGCGUGGCCUGCGGGUGGAUUAUGUCAACCCCGCGGCAGCCGCAGCCCCGAGCUGGGAGCGGCAGGAGCAGGUGCCCGACCCCGCCCCUUCCCCCCUCGCACAUCACCUGGGGGAUUUGGGGGUUUUUUGGGGGGGGUCCGCACGUUCGGGACCACCAGUCCAGCAGCCCCCCGAGCUGACGGAGCAGCCCCCGGAGCAGCUCGUGGUGUUCCCCAGCGAUGACGUCGUGCUCAAGUGCGCGGCCACCGGAGACCCCCCCGUGGAGUUCCGCUGGACACGCGAGGACCGCCCGUUCUCGGCGGAGCUCGGGGGGGUCUCGGUGUCCCCCGGGGGGGGGACCUUGGUCAUCAACGCCAGCCUGGCCGGGCGCCUGCAGGGCCGGUUCCGGUGCACCGCCAGCAACGCACUGGGGACAGCGCUGUCCCACGAGAGCCGCGUCAUCGCCGAGAACACGCCGCAGUGGCCCAAGGAGAAGGUGACCCCGGUGGAGGUGGAGGAGGGGGACCCCGUGGUGCUGCCCUGCGACCCCCCCAAGAGCGCCGUGCCCCCCAAGAUCUACUGGCUCAACAGCCGGAUCGUGCACAUCGCGCAGGACGCGCGGGUCAGCAUGGGCCAGGACGGGUUCCUGUACUUUGCCAACGCCCAGGUUGGCGACAGCCACCCCGACUACAUUUGCCACGCGCAUUACCUGGGACCCCGCACUAUCAUCCAGAAGGAGCCCCUGGACCUGCGCGUCACCCCCAGUAACUCGGUGCAGUCCCGGCGGCCCCGCCUGGUGGUCCCCAGAGACCCCCAACCCACCCACGUGGCACUGAGGGGGGAGACCCUGGUGCUGGAGUGCAUCGCCGAGGGGCUCCCCACGCCCUGGGUGUCCUGGCGCCGGUUGAACGGGCCGCUGCCGCCGGGCCGGGCCGUGCUGGACAAUUUCAAUAAAACGCUGCGGCUGCGCGCGGUCACCGAGGCCGACGACGGCGACUACGAGUGCACGGCCGAGAACGGGCAGGGCCGCGACCGGCGCAGCCACAGCGUCACCGUCGAGGCCGCCCCGUACUGGGUGCGCCGCCCCCGCAGCGCGGUGUUCGGGCCCGGUGAGACGGCGCGCUUGGACUGCGAGGUCGGAGGGAAACCCCGGCCACGGAUCAACUGGAGCCUGAACGGGAUCCCCCUGCACGAGCUGCCCCCCUCGGACCGCCGGGCUCUUCGGGACGGGGCUCUGGUUCUGUCCCGCCUGGAGCCCAACGACUCCGUGGUUGCCCAGUGCGAGGCCAGCAACAGCCACGGGCGGCUCCUGGCCAACGCCUUCGUCUACGUCGUGGAGCUGCCGGUGCAGAUCCUGACCCCGGACGCGUCGCGUUACGCCGUGGUGGAAAAUCAAACGGCGUUCCUGCACUGCCGGACCUUCGGGGCACCCGCGCCCGCCGUGGAGUGGUUAAGCCCGGCUUUGGAGCCCGCCCUGCAGGAUGACCGAGCCUUCGCUUUCACCAACGGGACGCUGCGGCUGGGCCCGGCCGGGCGGGGGGACGGGGGGGUCUUCACCUGCCGGGCCCACAACGGGCACAGCAACGCCAGCGUCACCGCGCGGCUGGACGUGAGGGCGGCCACGCGGAUCGAGGUGCCCCCCCAGAGCGUGACAGCCAAGAAGGGCGAGACGGUGACGUUCACCUGCAGGGCCACCUUCGACCCCAGCCUGGAGCCCCGCGGGGUCCAGUGGCUGCGGGACGGGACCCCCGUGAUGGAGAGCCCCGACAGCGACAAGUUCUCGGUGGCCGGGGACACGCUGACGGUGGCCGGGGUUGACUACGGGGACCAGGGACGGUUCCGGUGCCGAGCCUGGACCCCGCUGGACGCGGCCGAGGCCGAGGCCGAGCUCAGGGUCGUGGGCCGCCCGGGCCCCGUGCGGGACCUGCAGGUUGUGGAGUUGGGCGAGCGCCAGGUCCGGCUCAGCUGGACCCCGGGCGAGGAGCACAACAGCCCCGUGGAGAAGUUCGUGGUGGAGCAGGAGGAGGGGAUUUUCUCGCCGGGGCAGUGGCUGGAGCUGCUGACGGUGCCGGGCUCGCGGCCCUGGGCCCGCCUGGCACUGUCCCCGUACGGGCGGUACCGGUUCCGAGUGCUGGCCGUGAACGGCUACGGCCGGGGCGACCCCAGCACGGCCAGCGACACCAUCAGCACCGGGGCGGCUGCCCCGGAGCGGUACCCGAUGGGGGUGAAGGGGGAGGGGAACGAGACCAACAACCUGGUGAUCACCUGGCAGCCGCUGCCCCCCGGGGACUGGAACGCCCCCGAGCUCCGGUACCGGGUCCAGUGGCGGCCCCUGGAGCCGGGGGGGGGUCGCUGGGCCGAGGCCACGGUCGGAGCCCCCCCCUUGGUGGUCCGGGACACCCCAACUUUCAGCCCCUACGAGAUUCGGGUCCAGGCGCUCAACGAGGCCGGAAAGGGCCCCGAGCCCCCCGUGGUGGUCGGGUACUCCGGGGAGGAUCUGCCCCUGGUGUACCCCGAAAAUGUGGGGGUGGAGAUCCUGAACAGCACCAGCGUCCGGGUCAGCUGGAGCCUGGGAGGGGCCACCCGCGACCUGCGGGGCCACCUGAGGGGCUACCGGGUGCUGUACUGGCGCGAGGGGUGGGUGGGGGAGCGCUCCCGGCGCCAGGCCCCCCCCCCCGGGACCCCCGAGCCCCCUCCCCAGCCGGGGGUGCUGACGGUGGCGGGCGAGGCCAGCGGGGCCGUGCUGGGGGGGCUGCACCCCUGGAGCCGCUACCGCCUGCAGGUGCAGGUGUUCAACGGGCGGGGGGCGGGACCCCCCAGCGCCGAGAUCCGCUUCCACACCCCCGAGGGAGUGCCCGGCCCCCCCGAGGAGCUGCGCGUGGAGCGGCUCGGGGACACCGCGCUGGGCCUGGAGUGGCGGCGACCGCGACACCCGAACGGUGUCGUGAGCGGGUACCUGCUCCAGUACAGACUGGAAAACCAGACCGAGGGGGAAGAUCUGGAGAUCUCGUUCCCCCCCGGGACCCUGAACACGACCCUGGCCCGGCUGGAGCCGCGCGGGCGGUACCGGCUGGAGCUGCGGGCGCGCACCCGGCACGGCCCCGGCGCGCCCCUGGAGCCCUGGCGCUCCUCGGGCCGGGCCAACUCAUCCCUGGGCCGGUACCGGCUCGGGGAUCUCCGGCCCGGGACCUCGUACCGGGUGCAGUUCGUGGGACGGAACCACUCCGGGGAGCGCGUGGCAUUCUGGGAGAGCGAGGUGCACACCAACGGCACCAUGCUGCCGCGCCCCGCGGGCGGGUUCGCCACCGAGGGUUGGUUCAUCGGCUUCGUGAGCGCCGCGGUGCUGCUGCUCCUCCUCCUCCUCAUCCUCUGCUUCAUCAAACGCAGCAAGGGGGGCAAGUAUUCGGUGAAGGACAAGGAGGACACGCAGGUGGACUCGGAGGCGCGGCCAAUGAAGGACGAGACCUUCGGGGAGUACCGGUCCCUGGAGAGCGAUGGCGAGGAGAAGGCGUCGGGCAGCUCCGGGCGCUCGCUGGGCGCGGCGGGCGCGGCGCUGGGCAGUGACGACAGCCUGGCCGGCUACGGCGGCAGCGCCGAUGUCCAGUUCAACGAGGACGGCUCCUUCAUCGGCCAGUACAGCGGAGCCCGCGGCACCGCCGCCGGCAGCUCCGGCCCCGCCAGCCCCUCGGCCGCCGCCCCCCUCGACUGA